GCUUGCUCUGGGACUACCCUAGCCCCGGAGCGACCCACUGUCUCUUCUGGACUGCUAUUGCCCGGUGUCCUCCCAACGCCGUUUCUGAGCCCGGAGGACGCAUGGCUUCGAUCACUGUGGCAACAGCAAGAAGGAUCCUCAGCCGGACUCGCCCAGUCUUCAUCCGGCGCUGCUACCAGACGGAGAGGGGUGUAUAUGGCUAUUGGCCCAGGAAAAUCGUGAGCCAGGCGCCCAGUGACAACCAGGCACGCCCCCCAGUUGAUCAUGGCCUUGCCAGGUUAGUGGCGGUAUAUUGUGAGCAUGGUCAUAAAGCGGCCAAAAUCAAUCCCCUCUUUACUGGACAAGCCCUGCUGGACACCGUGCCUGAAAUCCAAGCCCUGGUGCAGACCCUGCAUGGGCCCUUCAAUACUGCAGGACUGUUGAACAUGGGGAAGGAAAAGGCCUCUCUUGAGGAAGUAUUAGCCUAUCUCAACGAAAUCUACUGUGGGCCAAUUUCUAUUGAAACCGCCCAACUUCAGAGCCAGGAGGAGAAAGACUGGUUUGCCAGGCGGUUCGAGGAGCUGAAGAAGGAGACAUUUACCACAGAAGAGCGAAAACAUCUGUCAAAAUUAAUGCUAGAGUCUCAGGAAUUUGACCACUUUUUGGCCACCAAGUUUGCCACCGUGAAGCGAUAUGGAGGGGAAGGGGCUGAAAGCAUGAUGGGCUUUUUCCAUGAGUUGCUGAAAAUGUCAGCCUUCAGCGGGAUAACUGAUGUCAUUAUUGGGAUGCCCCAUAGAGGGAGGCUGAAUUUAUUGACAGGUCUUCUGCAAUUACCUCCAGAGCUUAUGUUCCGUAAAAUGCAAGGCUUGAGUGAAUUUCCAGAAAAUUUCUCAGCCACUGGAGAUGUCCUGUCUCACCUGACCUCCUCUGUGGACCUGGACUUUGGUGCCCAUCGUCCCCUCCAUGUGACAAUGCUACCUAACCCCUCACACCUUGAAGCCGUUAACCCCGUGGCUGUUGGGAAAACCCGUGGCAGGCAGCAGUCUCGACAGGAUGGAGACUACUCUCUGGAUGGUUCUGCUCAGCCUGGGGACAAAGUCAUUUGCUUACAGGUUCACGGUGAUGCUUCUUUCUGUGGUCAAGGGAUUGUUCUUGAAACGUUUACUCUCUCUAAUCUCCCACAUUUCAGAAUUGGUGGGAGUAUCCAUUUGAUUGUCAAUAACCAACUGGGUUACACCACUCCAGCCGAAAGAGGAAGGUCUUCUUUAUACUGUAGUGACAUUGGGAAGCUCGUGGGCUGUGCCAUCAUCCACGUCAACGGAGACAGGCCAGAGGAAGUAGUCCGGGCCACACGACUGGCUUUUGAAUAUCAGCGCCAAUUCCGCAAGGAUGUGAUUGUUGAUUUGUUGUGCUACCGGCAGUGGGGCCACAAUGAGCUGGAUGAGCCUUUCUUCACCAACCCGGCCAUGUACAAAAUCAUCAGAGCCCGAAAGAGCAUCCCAGACACGUAUGCAGAGCACCUCAUUGCCAGUGGACUCAUGACCCAGGAGGAGCUCUCUGAAAUAAAAGCCUCCUACUAUGCCAAGUUAAAUGAGCAUUUAGCCAACAUGGUCCACUACAGCCCCCCUGCCACUAACCUGCAGGCCCAAUGGCAGGGCCUGGUUCAGCCAGAAGCUCGAAUUACCACCUGGAACACAGGCGUGCCCCUUGAUCUCCUGCAGUUUAUUGGCAUAAAGUCUGUGGAGGUGCCGAAGGAACUGCAGAUACACAGUCACCUUCUAAAGAUGUAUGUUCAGUCCAGAAUGGAGAAAGUGAUGAGCGGAACAAAUUUAGACUGGGCCACAGCAGAAACCCUUGCCUUGGGCUCCUUACUUGCUCAAGGUUUCAAUGUCCGUCUGAGUGGCCAAGAUGUUGGUCGUGGAACUUUCAGUCAAAGGCAUGCCAUGGUGGUUUGCCAGAAGACCGAUGACACCUACAUUCCUCUGAACCAUAUGGACCCUAAUCAGAAGGGGUUUCUGGAGGUCAGCAACAGUCCCCUGUCAGAAGAAGCUGUCCUGGGAUUUGAAUAUGGGAUGAGCAUCGAAAGCCCAAAGUUGCUGCCCAUCUGGGAGGCUCAGUUUGGUGAUUUCUUCAAUGGAGCCCAGAUCAUCUUCGACACAUUCAUCUCUGGAGGAGAGGCCAAGUGGCUCCUGCAGAGUGGCAUUGUUAUUCUCCUUCCACAUGGCUAUGAUGGGGCUGGGCCAGACCACUCCUCCUGUCGCAUAGAGAGGUUCUUGCAGAUGUGUGACAGCAGAGAGGAGGGGGUAGAUGGAGACACUGUGAAUAUGUUUGUGGUACACCCAACUACUCCUGCGCAGUAUUUCCACUUGCUUAGGCGACAAAUGGUCCGGAACUUCAGAAAACCCCUCAUUGUGGCUUCUCCCAAGAUGUUGCUCAGGUUCCCUGCAGCUGUGUCAACUCUUCAAGAAAUGGCACCAGGAACAACAUUCAAACCAGUCAUUGGUGAUUCAUCUGUGGAUCCAAAGAAAGUGAAGACCCUCGUAUUCUGCUGUGGUAAGCAUUUCUAUGCCCUGCUGAAACAAAGAGAAUCUUUGGGGGCCAAGAAACAUGACUUUGCCCUGAUUCGAAUAGAGGAACUCUGCCCUUUCCCAUUGGAUUCUCUACAGCAAGAGAUGAGCAAAUAUACACACGUGAAAGAUAUUAUAUGGAGUCAGGAAGAGCCUCAGAACAUGGGUCCAUGGUUUUUUGUUGCUCCAAGGUUUGAAAAGCAACUGGCCUGCAAGCUCCGUCUCGUGAGUCGACCCCCUUUGGCAGCACCUGCAGUAGGAAUUGGCAAGGUGCACCUGCAGCAGCAUGAAGACAUUCUCACCAAGACCUUUUCUUGCUGAUGUCCUUUGAGGAAAUAUUACUUCUUUUAAAGCAAACUGUUGUAGAAAGGACGGCCUAUUUCCUCUCCUUUCCCCUUUCUUUUAGGUAACAUGGAAAAUUUGUAUUCCUCUGAGAUGAUGGAAUUGAUGCAGACAAUUUAAUUUGGAAUAGGUGGAAUAAACAGGGGCAUCUAUUGUAAACACGUGAAUCAAACUAGUAAAUUUUAUCCUUAAAAGUGUACUUGUGGGGCUGGGGAUGUGGCUCAAGCGGUAGCGCGCUCGCCUGGCAUGUGUGC